AUGAGCUCCCAAGGUAAUAUUGCCAACUCUAUUGAAGCACCACAACUGCCCAUUCCCGGCCAAACCAAUGGGUCUUCAAAUGUUAAUGUUGGCGGAACUGGGCUGAAUACUGGUGUCCCUGGUGGUCUUCAAGGCCAAAAGACUGGAAUGGAUCUUUAUUUUGACCAAGCUUUGAACUACAUGGGGGAACACCCUGUUAUAACAGGUUUCGGAGCCUUUUUAACUUUAUAUUUCACAGCUGGUGCAUACAAAUCGAUAUCGAAGGGACUUAACGGUGGUAAGUCCGCUAGUGCCUUUCUGAAAGGUGGAUUCGAUCCAAAGAUGAAUUCGAAAGAGGCUUUGCAGAUCUUGAAUUUAACAGAAAAUACAUUGUCCAAGAAGAAGUUGAAAGAAGUUCAUAGAAAAAUCAUGUUAGCUAAUCAUCCAGAUAAGGGCGGUUCUCCAUUUUUGGCUACUAAAAUAAACGAAGCUAAGGAUUUUUUGGAGAAAAGGGGUAUAAGUAAAUGA